GAACAGCAGCAGCAGAGUUUUUCCAAACUCCGGGAAACGUUUUUGUUGACCCGCAGGCCUCAAAACAUCCAAGAUGGCGGCGGGUUCCGCCACUGUUAGCUGCUGUUCGUCGAGUUAAACCCAUGCGGAUGUUUUAUUUCUGCUCUUCUGACUUAAAUAAACCACAUUAAAUACAAGAAUGGACGCCGUCGGAGAGGACGAACCGGAUCCCAUAAAGUUGAAAUCCGUGAAGGACUAUAAAACCUACACAGUGCCUCAAAACGACCGGUUCGGGAGCUGCAGAAGUGUCAGAGAGUUUGAGAAACUGAACCGAAUCGGAGAGGGAACGUACGGCAUCGUCUACCGAGCCCGAGACACCAAGUCUGAUGAGAUCGUAGCGCUGAAGAAAGUCCGGAUGGACAAAGAGAAAGACGGGAUUCCCAUCAGCAGCCUCAGAGAAAUCACUCUGCUGCUGAGGCUCCGACAUCCAAACAUCGUGGAGCUGAAGGAGGUCGUAGUCGGCAGCCAGCUGGAGAGCCUGUUUCUGGUGAUGAGCUACUGUGAGCAGGAUUUAGCCAGUUUGCUGGAAAACAUGCAGACGCCGUUUUCUGAGGCUCAGGUGAAGUGCAUCGUCCUGCAGCUGCUCAGAGGUUUGGAGUAUCUUCACCACAACUUCAUCAUCCACAGGGACCUGAAGGUGUCUAAUCUGCUGAUGACAGACAAAGGCUGCGUUAAGAUCGCUGAUUUCGGUUUGGCCCGGAUGUACGGAAUCCCCCAGCAGCCCAUGACGCCUCGAGUGGUGACGCUGUGGUACAGAGCUCCAGAGCUCCUCCUAGGGACCAAGACUCAGACUACAGCCCUGGACAUGUGGGCUGUCGGCUGCAUCCUGGCUGAACUUCUGGCCCACAAACCGUUGCUGCCAGGAACCUCAGAGAUCCAGCAGGUGGACCUGAUCGUCCAGCUGCUGGGGACACCCAACGAAAACAUCUGGCCGGGUUUCUCUCAGCUGCCGCUCAUCGGUCAGUACAGUCUGAGGAAGCAGCCGUACAACAACCUGAAGAAUAAAUUCACCUGGCUGUCUGACGCUGGACACCGGCUGCUGAACCUGCUCUUCAUGUACAACCCACAUCGAAGAGCAACCGCCAAAGACUGUCUGGAGAGUUCCUACUUCAAGGAGAAACCUCUGCCCUGUGAACCGGAGCUGAUGCCGACGUUUCCUCACCAUCGCAACAAGAGAUCUGCUGCUCCGGCUGAGAGUCACUCAAAAAGAAGCAAAGUGUGAAGAAGAGCUGAUGGACUUUCUGCUGGAGGGAAACUGUCAGACUCACGAGGUUUUACUGAACAGAUGGUAAAAGCUGAACGUCAAACUGAUGAAUGUUUUGUUGGAUCGUCACCCAGAACUCUUUAAUGUCAACUUUAAUGUAAAUAUUUGAGGUUUAAUAAGGAUUCUGACGGAUGUUUGGACCACAGAAGAAACAGUUCAGGCCUUAAAGGGGAACUUCGUUUUUUUUUCAGCCUGGGGUCUGUUUUCAUGUCUUUUCAUACAUGUGAGUGAUGGAGAAAUGAAUUUUCAACAUAGCUCCAGUAUUUAGCCAGGCAGGCAGCUUAGUAGCUCAGCUAGCGUAAAGUAUGGGGCAACUUGCCCCCCCGCGUCAAAGUCCGCCCUAACGUGCUCAGAUAGUCUCAACGAGUGUCCCACAACAUACUAGAGAUGAGAAGUGAAGGAAAACCUCCACAUUACCUGGCGAUCGCUCUUUGUUGUGGUCUGUAUCCAAAUGUCAGGACGCUAGGAAGCAAAUCUUGUUCCGAAAUCGCGCGAUAGCUCGCGCCAGAACACCGUUUUUGACACGAGCUAUCGCGCGAUUUCGGGGGAAAAGCACGUUGGGGCGGACUUUGACGCGGGGGGGGUAAUUGCCCCAUACUUUUCACUAGCUGAGCUGCCAGCUGACCUGCUAAGCUGCCUGCCUGGCUAAAUACUGGAGCUAUGUCGAAAAUUCAUUUCUCCAUCACUCACAUGUAUGAAAUUACAUAUGGAAACAGACCCGAUUGGGGGGGGGGGGGGGGGGGACAAAGUUCCCCUUUAACUUGUGUUCCAUAUCUGAGUUGUCUCACUUCAGCCACAAAAGAUGGAGGUCUCGUGAUCAUAUGAUUACAAGAAAAUAUCUCAUAGCUCCAAGAAGAUCAAAUUUUAAAAGUAGAAUGUCUCAUAAUUACAAACUCUAGUCUCGUAUUUCUGAGAAAAUAUCCAAUGAUGUAAAAAAAACCCUCAAACUUAUUAAAUUAUUAAUUGGAAUGGAGACAACAGCAGAUUGUGUUCUGCAUUUUAACAGUUAAACAGUGACUGUAGGUUAAGUUUUUUUAGAAGUUUUGCAAAAACCUCUUCCUUGACAUUUUUUCCUCUCAUCCACAUGAGUCACUGUAAAAUCACAUCUACAAAGUGUUAGCUGUGUGUGAGCCAAACGUAGCACCAUUUUUACUCAGAUUAUCCAAAGAAAAUGUGAAUUAAAGCUCAUUUAAAUCCACUACAGUUAAUAUUAGGGGAUAAACAGCAGGCGCUAACUGUUUCAAUGACAAAAUAAACAAUUUCAGUUUAUUUUAAUGUAUUAAUGUGAGAAAAGUUAGUUUCUUGACAGAUUUUUUUCAGUUUUGGUCCAUUGCAUGUAUCUAGUAGAUGUUAAGACUGGUUUUUGUUGCUGUUAGCUUUUAUUAGCUCAGAUUUACAAGUUAAGGCCUGUAUUUUUUCUUUCUCUGGUGUUUGCAAAGUGUCCCUGCAGUUUACAGUCCUGCUGGUAGACGCUUUAGACAGACGAUUAGAUUAAACAUGGAAGAAUCUGCCUUGAAAGUGUUUUGGUGCAAAAAGAUCUCAGGUUUGAUCCUCACAGUUCUGUCAAAGUGUCCUUGAGGCAAAAUAGUGAACUGCUGAGCUGCUUCGUAGACGUUAAAGGGACAGUUUGACAUUUUGGGAACAUUUUUUUAAAGAUAAUAUUGUAGAAUGUGUAAAAAAAAAACAAACAAACAGAAAUUUAGCUUUUGGCACGAGUAUUUUUACCGCAAAGCUCCAGUUUGCUUUCUAGUCUUUAUGCUAAGCUAAAAUGCUAACUGCAGCUUCAUGUUUACCGCACAGAUCUGAAGAAUGUUUCCCAAACUGUUGAACUUUUCCUUUAAGAGCUUCCAACUACUGAAGGUUUCUUGAAAUGUUAGCCUCCUAACAUGUUCAAACCAUGGAAUAAAACCGGUGAAAGCAG